GCUCAUUGGCAUUUUAUUGGCCUGCAUAGCAGCCUGUGGAAUGCCCUAUUCCAUUGUUAUUUAUGGUGAAUUUUCAUCCUUACUGGUAGAUCGUACCGUGGGUGUGGGUACAUCCUCGUCGACCUUGAUUUUACAUUUGUUCGGUGGUGGCAGGAAAUUAACCAAUGCCACCUAUGAAGAAAACAUGCAAGCCAUACGUGAAGAUUCCUUGGCCUUUGGUUUGGGCAGUGUGGCUGGUGCCGUUGUGUUACUAGUUGUCAUUGCAGCAGCUGUGGAUAUUUUAAAUCGCACAGCCCUGAAACAAAUUGGUCGCAUACGCAAGGAAUAUUUGGAAUCAAUAUUGAAACAGGACAUGUCCUGGUUUGAUACUGCCUCCGGUAACAAUUUUGCCAGUCAAAUGUCUGAGAAUCUCAACAAAAUGAAGGAAGGCAUCAACGAAAAGGUGGUCAUCUUCAUUUUCCUCAUUAUGUCCUUUGUUAUUGCCAUUGUGGCCUCCUUUGUCUAUGGCUGGCAAUUGACUUUGGUUGUCCUGGCUAGCUGCCCGCUGAUCAUUAUUUCCACAGCCUUGGUGGCCAAAAUUCAAAGUUCGUUGACAGAGAAAGAAUUGAAGGCAUAUUCGGGAGCCGGUUCAGUUGCCGAAGAGGUACUAGGAGGAAUACGUACUGUCUUGGCCUUCAGUGGAGAACGCAAGGAGCAGGAACGUUUCUCCCAACGCCUGAUCCCUGCUGAAACAAUUGGCCGUCGCAAGGGUCUAUUCUCCGGUUUGGGUGCUGGCACCAUGUGGUUCAUUAUUUACUGCUGUUACGCCAUUGCCAUGUGGUAUGGUGUCAGUUUGAUUCUGGAUGAACGUCACGAUGAAAACCGCCAUUACACCCCAGCUGUUUUGGUCAUCAUUUUGUUUGGUGUUAUUAUGGGAGCCCAGAAUCUUGGAUUUUCUUCACCCCAUUUGGAAGCAUUCGCCACGGCCAAAGGUGCUGCUCACAGCAUUUUCACAACUAUUGAUCGUGAGUCCAGCAUAGAUCCACUGUCGGAUAAAGGAGAAAAGCCCGCCGACGUUGUUGGCAAUAUAGAAUUUGAAAAUAUUUAUUUCCGCUACCCAGCUCGACCGAAUGUUGAAAUCUUGAAGGGUUUCUCCUUGAGUAUAAAAACAGGUCAAACUGUUGCCUUUGUCGGACCUUCAGGAUGUGGCAAAUCGACAACCUUGCAAUUGAUGCAACGUUUCUAUGACCCCUUGGGUGGCUGUGUGAAAUUGGAUGGUCGUGAUUUACGUGGUUUAAAUGUUGCCUGGUUACGUUCUCAAAUUGGCGUUGUUGGCCAAGAACCGGUACUCUUCGCCACCACCAUUGAAGAGAAUAUUCGUUAUGGCAAAACUGACUGUACAAUGGAGGACAUCGAAAAGGCUGCACGCAUUGCCAACUGCCAUGACUUCAUAAUGAAUCUCCCCCAUGGCUAUAAAACAAAGGUGGGAGAACGUGGCGCCCAAAUGUCCGGUGGCCAGAAGCAGCGUAUUGCUAUUGCCCGAGCCAUCAUUAGAGAUCCCAAAAUACUGUUGCUCGAUGAGGCCACUUCAGCUUUGGAUCCCACUUCCGAAAGGCGUGUACAGGAUGCUUUGGAAGUUGCCAGCAAGGGUCGAACCACUUUGGUGGUAUCACAUCGUCUAUCCACCAUUACCAAUGCGGACAAGAUUGUCUUCGUCAAAGAUGGAGUGGUGGCUGAACAGGGCACACAUGAAGAGCUGAUGGCUAAGGGUGGUUUAUACUAUGAACUGGUUAAGAUAUCGCAGCGUCGCGAACAAGUCGACGAAAAUGUUGAUACUUCGCAGAAAAACCCAAAUGCAGAGAACGGCAGUGAAGAUGAGGAGGAGGACGACGAUGAAGAUGAUGCUAGCAGCAGUGAAGAUGAGGGUGACAAUGUUGUCGAUGUCGAAUCACCCGAAAAUCCAUCAACGGAAUUGGGGGUAACUAACAAGGCAUAUGAGGGUUCAUCGGAUGAAAAACUGGGCAGUGGUAUGAAAAGAAGAGGCAGCAAAAGGAAGAGGAAAUCCAAGGAUGUUGAAAAAUACAAAAUUUCCUUUUCACAAUUGAUGCGUUUAAAUGCCCCCGAAUGGAAGUAUUUAUUGAUCGGCUGUGUGGCGGCCUGUUUGCAUGGUGCCACCUUCCCCGUUUGGGCUGUAUUCUUUGGUGAUUUCUUUGGAAUUUUAUCUGAUGAGGAUGAACAGGUGGUCAGAGAUGGUGCCAAUCUGUUGUCCUAUAUAUUUAUUGGUAUUGGUUUGGUGGCCGGUAUUGGCGCCCUAUUGCAAACCUAUAUGUUCAACACGGCUGGUGUUAAAAUGACAACCCGUCUACGAAAUAUGACCUUCCAGACUCUGCUGAAGCAGGAGGUGGCAUAUUUUGAUGAUGAAAAGAAUUCUGUGGGUGCCUUGUGUGCUCGUUUAGCUGGCGAUUGUUCGAAUGUUCAGGGGGCAACUGGAGCUCGUAUUGGCAUCAUUGUCCAGGCUUUGUCAACCCUAUCGAUUGGUGUGCUGGUCGCAUUUAUCUUCUCCUGGCAACUGACCUUGGUCACCUUGGUGAUAAUUCCUUUCCUGUGUUUCUCCAUUGUUUUGGAGGCCAAAUUCACCGAAUCCUUUGUGGCCAGUGAAAAACAAGCUGUUGAACAGGCAUCUCAGGUGGCUGUGGAGGCUAUUACCAAUAUCCGUACUGUGACCAGUUUGGGCCAAGAAAAACACAUUGUACAACGUUAUAGUGAACAAAUCGAACUGGUCGACAAGGCGUGUACCAAGAAAUUGCGCUAUCGUGGCUUAGUUUUCGGUUUGGGUCAAUGUUCACCAAUUUUGGCUUACGGGUUAUCUUUGUAUUAUGGCGGAACUUUGGUGGCCGAUGGCGUGUUGCCCUAUGAGAAUAUUAUCAAGGUUUCUGAAGCUUUGAUCUUUGGUUCUUGGAUGUUGGGCCAGGCCUUGGCCUAUGCACCCAAUGUAAAUGAUGCUAUCAUGUCAGCGGGACGUUUAUUGAAACUAUUCCAGCGUGUACCCAAAAUGCAAUGUGUCACCGCCAAACCAUUCAAUACAGCUGAUAAAUGUGAAGGCGACAUUAACUACGAACAAGUCUAUUUCGAAUAUCCCACACGUAAAGGUAUACCGAUUUUGGAAAAUUUCAAUUUACAAAUUCCCAAAGGCAGUACAGUGGCUUUGGUCGGCCCAUCCGGUUCGGGAAAAUCCACAUGUGUUCAAUUGCUGUUACGCUACUAUGAUCCCGUGCGUGGUUCCGUCAAUUUGAGCAAAACUUCCACCACCGAAUUUCCCAUUGAUACCCUACGCUCCCAAAUGGGUUUGGUGUCGCAGGAACCAGUACUUUUCGAUCGCAGCAUAGCUGAAAAUAUUGCCUAUGGCAACAAUUUCCGUGAAAAUAUACCCAUGGCGGAAAUUAUUGAAGCAGCUAAGAAAGCAAAUAUUCACAAUUUCAUAACCUCAUUGCCGCAGGGCUAUGACACAUCGCUGGGUAGCAAAGGUACUCAGUUGUCGGGUGGUCAGAAACAACGUAUUGCCAUUGCCCGUGCCAUGGUUCGAAACCCCACAAUUCUCAUCUUGGACGAGGCCACCUCAGCUCUGGACAUGGAAAGUGAAAAGGUGGUACAAGAGGCUUUGGAUGUGGCCCGCAGUGGCCGGACCUGUGUGACAAUAGCUCACCGCUUGACCACAGUGCGGGAUGCCGAUCUGAUUUGUGUCCUCAAGAAGGGUGUCAUUGUCGAACAGGGCACUCACGAUGAACUGAUGUCCAAACGUGGACUCUACUACGAUCUGUACUUAAUGCAACAAGUUGCUUAGUUAAGUUUUCUAGAUGUUUAGAUGUUCUCUUUU